AUGAUCCAACCCGUUUCUUGGCGGAAGUACAAGCAAGCUAUUAAUAAGGGUAAAGCUGGAAAUAACUGGGAUAAUAGCAAGGGCCUUGAUAAUAUGACCAAGCCAGUCUUGCCAUGUAAUAAGAAGGAAAAGAUCCACUGUGAGGGUAGCAAGGCAGCUAAAGCUGCUGUUUAUGUUGGAGUCAAAAUCCGCCCAGACCUGUUGCCGUAUAACAAGGCAUGUAUCCUGCCUCGCGCAAACUGCGAGCUGCACCUCACAAAGCAAUCCUCAUCUUGUUCAAUGACCACCAGUUACUUAGAAGAUGCGGACUCGUCGUCAAUUAUUCGAUACAUUACCAUUGCCUGCCGUCUGCCUCAGAGCACAGACAAAAUCCAUGUCAAACUUGGUGAAAUUGUCCGCAUUGGCACGAACGAGCUGAGCUUUACGAGAACGCCACUGGUUCGUGUUGGUGAGAUAGGGCUCGACACGCAGCUCAGCUUCCUCUUCCGUGAGCAUCACCUGAUGUUCCUCAUGCCGUAUUUAAUUCCCAAGAUCUUGCAACCAGUUUUCCUGAAUAACUUUAAGUAG